AUGCCGCCAAUGCCAAUGUGUGGUCGUACUCUUCGACGGCUUCCUGUUCUAUCAUUGGUGCUCCACAACAACAGUAUUCGGUGUGCCCAUGUUCGAGAGGCAUUGGCGGCUCUGCGGAUGGGAAUAGCGUCGGAGGUUCAGGCCAAGGAACAACCGCCGAUGGAAAGAGCGGCGUAUACCGUCCAUAAUGCAAAUACGGAUUCGCCCCGUUCGCCAACAAGAACGACAGAAACUCAUGACUGUCGACUCUGCACCGCGAGAACUAGCGGCUUUCCCUUUUCGUCGUCAAAACUUCCUGUGUAG